AUGACAACUCAAGAUAACCUUCCGCCCUCUUACAUGACCUGGUCCAAUGCCCAGCUCGUCUCUUGGGCUGAGGGUGUGGGCCCCUUUUUCCAGCCUUACCUCGCCGCCCUUCGUGCCUCCAACGUGCGUGGGCAGUGGCUCUCUUGUCUCACUGACUUCGACCUCCAAUCCCUCGGUGUCACCAAAAUUGGUGAUCGUCGGUGCAUUCAAACCAGUGUGUCUCGUCUCAUAGAGGACUACGCUGGCCUGGAAGCAGAGAAUAUGCAGAGCCUUCUCUUCAGCGUUGUCUGUGUUACUGGCCAAUUGGCCGCUCUUUUGAAACGCGCUCGCCUUCAGGAAGCCCUUACUCAAGCCGCUGGCGAAUUGGAGCACCAGUUGGUCAAGUGUCUCUUCCGCCUUGGUUUGGUGGUAAAGAAGGCGGCUUCCUGGCUUGAACGAGGUCCCUUUUCGCUCAUCUCGAGGCUAGCUGCGCUUCGUGGAGUCAUGUUGCAGCAUACAGUGGACUUAAACACUGUUUUUCAAUCAGCGUUGAAAAACUCAAGUCUUUUAACCUACGUAAACGCAAUGCUAGAGCUGACGCGGGGGCUAAGAGAUCAACUGGAGGUGGUGAUCCAUGAUUGUGAUGACUCUCUUCUGCUCACUCCUUGCAUAGUUGAACGUGUCUCUCUGCGAAAGGGUGAACGGGAACGUUAUGGAUUUACAUUCUGCACGAAUGAUUGUAAUGUUCACAUAAUCCAAUCAUUGGACUCGGAUCUGCAAGCGCCGGCCUUUUCUUGUGGGCGAAUAGCGAGGGACGAUGAGAUAAUUGAAGUCAAUCAUCAACUUGUACUGGAAUGGGAGCACAGUGCUGUGGCGCGAUUGAUUCAGCAGAGUAAUCGCCGCCUCGACCUGCGAGUGCGUAAGCGUCCCGCUCACUGCACCGACUACUCGGUCAACUCUAGACGCCAGCGCCCUGCCGAUGAAAUAGAGGAAAGCAGUCUGCACAGUUUAUUGCUUCUUUGCGGCGAAACGGUGCAUUUGCUAUUGGCUAUUUUUUGGUCGUCUGUUACUACGCGCCUGCGAAUACGUUCAGACUUUUUGCGUAAUCGCGCACCCAAACGACGGACGCAACUGCUCUCGAACUCAGCAAAUACCCCCGCUACCUCCACCGCCACCAUCACUGCUAAUGUCUCCCACGAAGAGGAGAAGGAGGAGGAGGUAGAAAUCGCGCAGGCAGCGGUGUCGGUGAAGACACUGGCAAAUGUGGAGUCGGAAUCCACCACCGCAGAGAACCGUCUUAAAGCCCCCAUUUCCCUAUCAAGGUCGCACAGUCGUCCCCGUCAAGAGCGUUACUCUCAAGCUCUCCAACCGCCCCUCCUCCUCUCAGCUUCCGCACGCGAUCACACUGAGAUGUCUGAACCACCUCCAUCGCCAUUAACGAACGAAUCCGAUUUUCGCACACAGAUCGGGUCCCCAUUUGAGAUCGCUACCACACCUCCGCAUACAAACAAGCGACGCCCCGUCACUCUGGGUUCACUAGACGAUUUUUCGGCUGAAUCCGGUGCUGCCGCAUCCGCCUCUUCUACACCACCCUCUAGUAUGAGUCUCACCAGACCUAAAAACAGCUGCCAGGGCUGGCUAUGGCUUAAAAAGCGCACCUCCACGUCUUUUGGAAAUCGCUACGUCAAGCGGUGGUGUGUGUUUAAGCACAACGCUCUCUACUACUAUCGCAACCAGGAAGAGGAGAAUGCGGAGGGUCUCAUCCUUCUGCAUGGGUUCACAAUCUCGCCGGUGGCAACUGAUGGUGGGCGAUCGGGGAGGUACCCAUUUCGAGUGUACAACGAAUGGACCCAGUUUGUGUUUGCUGCAGAUAGUGAGGUUGCUCGUACCCGGUGGAUGAAUAUGCUCGGUCUGGCGGCGAUAGGUCAGUCGGCGUGCCUGUGGACAUCGCCUAUUGGCGGAUUUUAUCCCGGCUACCUACCCGCGCUAUUGGGAACUGCGACAGAAGUUGAGAAGGAAGUGAUAGAAGUGAAUCCAAGAUUGUUGGAGCCGCCGAGGGCGCACACUUCGGGUGGAGAAAACUCGUCACGUAGGCAACCCGUGACCAUCCACCGGUGCUCUUCAAGCCUAAACUUCCCCUCGUCUUCGGGAUUGCAACAGACACCACUUGACACCAGUCCACUAUCGAGUUAUCGCAGUCAAUCCGGUCCACACCACCAUCACAAGCAACAGCCCCAUCGCCACUUCCUUUCCGUUAGCGCCUCUUGUCUGGUCAGCGAUGCAACUGAUGACGAAGCAGAAAAUACCAAAAAACGAUCGGAGAAUGUAGACGAAGAAGCGGAGACGAGCGCCUCACAAGCGAACCAGUCACCGUGUCGCUUGACACGCUGCGCUGCUAUGAUUCGUCGUCGACGGGUGCGCCGCCUCACUGAGGGCUCUAUUUCGCCCUCAGUGUUCCUCACCUCCCCACCGAUAACGAUACGACCACACCACUCGUCCGGGUGGAUGUCUCUCUCCUCCGAGACCGUAGUUAUGGCCUCAGGGUUUCUGGGACAACAGCAGCCACAGAAUCAGGAUCAGCAGCGUUUGCAUUCCAUGGGCACCAGCAGUGGAGGAGACGAGGGCGAGGGUGGUAGUGAAGGUGGUAGUCUGCUGUUUCUGCGGAAUCCCAAUCUUCUCUCACCGACGUGCUCUCUGUCAAGUAGAUCCUCCGAAUCCCCUGAACAGGUCCCCUCAUCGUGA